AUGGCUUCAGUGUUGUCUUCAUUUUUCUCCCGUGACCCGCGAUCACAGUUUGCUUAUGACAUUCCACAAGGAGUUGGUACAUUCUUCAAUGGAUGCUAUUUUGGCGAUAGUUUUAAGAAGGCUGAGCCAGAAGAAUUAGCCACGAUAUUUUGGUCGACUGGACAUGACUCUACACUUAAACUACAGAGUCAAAAAUUGCGAACUAUGCGACAUCCUGAUAUUCUUACUUAUCAGGACAGCAUAGAGAUAGACAGCACUUUCUAUCUGGUGACAGAGAAAUGUAAACCUUUAUCUAUUUAUCUGAAAGAAAUGUCUUUGAAUGAUCAACAAAGAGAGUUUGUCGUAUCAUGGGGACUUUUCAGAGUUAUGAACGCGCUGAAAUUCCUUCACGAAGCUAAUCUUAGUCAUGAGAACGUUCGUCGAUCGAUCUAUGUCACAGUUGGUGGAGAUUGGAAGUUGUCAGGCUUCGAUCGAGUUACCGGUUUUAGUUCGCCUCGCUCAGACUUGAACCAGCUGGCGAUUGUGCUGUGGGAAAUUUUCAACGGAUUCAAGGAGAGCAUAACAAAGCCAGAAUCCCCUGGUUUAAUACCUCAAAGGUUGCAUGAUUUUUACAAGAAAAUAGCCUCACCUGCAGCUGCUCGAACAUCCGUUGCCGAACUCAUACGAGAAUGUAGAUUAUCUGGAGGGUAUUUCAAAAACAAGUUCGUUGACACCUUGCUAUUCCUCGAAGAAUUCCAAUUAAAAGAAUCUAGUGAGAAGCAGCCUUUUUUCAUGCAUUUGCGCGAGAGUCUUGAUAUGUUCCCCGAUGAUAUUGCAAAAUAUAAAAUUUUGCCUAAGAUUAUACAGACUUAUGAAUACGGCGAUGCUGGUCCUAACAUUUUGAUUCCUUUGUUCAAACUUGGGCGAUUAUUAGAUGAAAAUGAAUAUCAGCGAAGAGUUGUUCCAUGCCUGGUUAAGCUUUUUGGAAGCCCGGAUCGGACUACGCGAGUAAAAUUGUUGGAACGUAUUGAUGAGUUUGCUCCUCAUUUAUCCUCUCAAGUUGUAAAUGAAAAAAUAUUUACGAAUCUUGCCUCAGGUUUUCUUGAUACUUCUCCUGCUGUUCGUGAAACCACAGUGAAGGCUAUGGUUUCGCUGGCCGAGAAACUGAAUUUCAAUAAUUUAAACGUGGAGUUAAUGAAGUAUCUAGCUAGGCUCCAAGGUGGAGAUGAGCACGGUGGAAUACGAACAAACACCACGAUUUGUCUAGGCAAAAUUGGUAGUUACCUCGACCCCUCCAAACGACAAGUUAUUCUUCUUAGUGCAUUUACAAGAGGAAUGAAGGAUCCCUUUCCACCUGCGAGGAUGGCCGCAGUUUUAGCCCUGUCAGCCACCCAACAGUUUUAUUCACUUCUGGAGAUUGCCAACCGUGUGUUGCCUGCAUUGUCACCUCUAACCUGUGAUUCGGAGAAACAGGUUCGUGAUCAAGCUUUCAAAGCUAUUAAAGGCUUCAUGGAGAAUCUGGAAAAAGCUAGUGAACAUCCCGAACUGAUUCCAGAAAUUGAAUCACAAGUGAAAGCAGGAGGACGCUCGCUGUUGAGCAGUGAUAAGGUUCCACAGUGGGCUAGCUGGGCGCUGAAGUCGCUCUCUGGAAAGUUUUAUAAAGGGACGCCACCACCGGAGGUGCGGCCAAUUGCGAUUGGGCCAACACCAAAAGUUGGUGAGAACAACGAAAGUGCUGCCACAACAGCAUCUGCUGUGUCUUCGGGAGUUCCAUCAGUUCCUACUCAACCUAAAGAAACUAAUCAGCCGAUAACUACCUCUGACUAUGACGGCUGGGGCGAUCUUUCUGAAUUAGAUUCUGGCUUCACAGAUGAAUGGGCAGACGCUGUGGAAGCACCAACUGCCUCGAAACUAAACGAAGACGACUGGUCGAUUGGUUGGGAAGCUCCUAGAAUACCUGCUCCGCCGAAAGCGAGCUCUAGCGUUACGACAAAGAAGUUGAACUUUGGCGAGAAGAAAACAACAGGAGGACUGAAAUUGUCACAUUCGAAGCCAAAGCCUAACAAUGACAUUGACUCGUUGCUGGGUAUUACUCCAACAGCGUCAGUUACAAGUUUUGACACGAUGUCUCCAACUUUCUCUGAGAAAAGCUCAUCGUCUCCAAAAUCGGAUUGGGAUGCGUUCGGCAACAAUGAUUUUCUUAGCGGCAAUUGGGGCGCAGAAACGAUGUCCUCUAUUGCAAAACCGACGGCUGUCGUAAGCUUAGGAUGUUCCAAGGACAAAGCUUCACGCCGUGCCGAAAUAGCUGCUCGAAACGAAGCACGCCGUAGAGAAAUGGCCGAAAAGAAGACUCAGCGUACAUCAACCAAACCACAGACCACGUCAUCAACGACAAAGACAUUGGACGGGUUUGAGGAUUGGUGA